UGGGAAUGGGAAUUCUCCCAAAUAACGACAACACGGAGCGGGGUAUUCCAGUAAUUACAUUAAACCCGGCGUACCCUACGCACUCGGCGCAAGCUAAUUGACCAACAUCCAUCACAAAGCCCAACGAACCUUCGAGAUUCUCCUCUUGCAUAGUAAUUGCCUUUUGCAGCUCCAUUCCACUCCGCGACUCUCAAAUCCCCCGAAGAGAAACAGGUUACGCUUUCUCCGGUCAUUUCGUCAUUCUUUAGAUCUGUUUCUUUUUUCGAUCUGCGUAUCUAGGUGAACCUACGGCAUCGAUAUUCUUUCGCCAUGUCGGACGAGGAAGUCGUUGACCAAAAGAAGACACUAGAAGAGACUUGCAAGCCGAAGUGUGUAAGGCAACUUAGGGAAUAUCAGGCUUGUGCUAAAAGGAUAGAAGGUGAUGAAUCUGGGCACAAGCAUUGCACUGGACAGUAUUUUGAUUAUUGGCAGUGUAUUGACAAAUGUGUUGCGGUGAAGCUAUUUGACCAGCUCAAGUAGCGAGGAUGCAAUUUGAUCCUUUGGCAUUUAUCUUGAUUUAUCUUGCUGUUUUGCUAUCGUACAAGGCGUUACCAUAUUGUUCCGUCAUGACCUGCAGACUUGCAAUCUUUUCUUGCAACAUUGUAGCUGCGUGGAAAAUUUCGAGCCAUGAUUAUUAGUAUAAACUUAUUGAAUAAAAGAAAACGUGUUUCCUCAAAAUUGUCAUUUCCGUUCUAUUCGUUCAAAUGAUUAAGAAUCCCUCGCAUCAGAUAUUUUUCCUGAUUUUGCGCUAUUCUUACCAUACUCUGUGCAUCUGUUUCCUGAUUUCUUCAUAUAAAAACUCUCGUUUGGUA